AUGGCACCAAAAGGCGGCAAAGGCGGCGGUGGUGGUGGACAUUACGGUGGUGGCCGUCAUGGUAGCAGCAGCAGCUAUUCGAGCAGCUGUGCUUCUGGCGCGUUCAAAGAUGGAGCCAUUAUUGCUUCGAUGGUUUUUCUGUCCAUCUUCCUUCUCACGUUCCUCUGCUUGGGUUGCCUUACUUCCAACAAGUCAACCGCGAUGAAAAAGAGGAACCAGCGGAAAUCAAGGUCGUUGUGGUGGGCAUUAAGCCUAUCAUUGACAUUAAUCACAGCAUCUACUGAUAACUACGAGCUGCUUUCCAUUAUUCGAACGUGGUUCAAAAACUGGGGCACUCUACUCCUCAUUGGAGUAAUUAUGGUCCCUCUCUGCAAACAUCUUCACCAACUGGCCGGCAAAGUUCUCGGGCGCGUCGUUGCAAUUGGCCAUUUUGUUGUCAUGGUUAUCAUGGCGAUACUUCUCGUUUGUUACCUGGGAUUGCAGUCCAGCCUUCCGAGUAUACGCGCGAACUACAGAGUACUUGAUACUCUAUCCAAGGUGACGUCUGGCCUAGGGGCUACCUACAAUGUAGUCGCGUUUAUCGGAACCUGCCUAGCGUCUAUCAGCAUACUCUUUGCUGUCAUUCGAAGCUCUCAGAUCCAGAAUUCUUGGGCAAAGAAAUGGAUAUUCUUUGUGAUCAUUUUCCCUGUUCUUCUGACCUUCUUUGAUGUGGUGUAUGGCUUCCAUUUCUAUGUCAGAGGCCAACCAUAUACCACCACCGCAUUUGCUGUCUUCACCUUUCUGUGGAACUUGUUCUAUACCAUGUCGUACCUGGCUGUUCUAUAUAUCGUCUCCGAAGGCUCGUUGGCCCCGGUCACGCAACCUGGAGCAAUAGAUCCAAACGAUCCCACCAAAGGCACCUAUGUACCAGUUCAGCCUGGCCCCCAACCACCGUUUCAAAACGUCAACACUGCAUACAACAGCCCGAUGCAACAGCAACAACAGUUUCAGCACAACAUGCAAACUCAACCACCCAUGAGCCAACCCGGAUUUGAGCCUACAAGAAAUGAUUUCUCUCCGUCUCCUCCACCUCAACAGCCCCAAUACUAUGAUCCCGUUAAAAGCCCCGAGUCUCAGGCCUUGAUGCAGGGCCAGACAUAUGAACAGCCAGCGCCCCAGUAUCAGAAUUACCAACAACCUGCCGUUCCUCAGCCUUACAGGUAA